CUUAGAGUUGUGUCUACAGUAAAAAUAAGCCACACAGGAAGAGACCCAUUGUCACUUACACUUCAGUCUGUUCACACAGUCGGCAGCCAGUCGACAUGGAGGUCACAGCUCUCUGCAUCAGACUGUUGAUGAAUGUGUUAUUCCUGCUGUGUGAUCAGAAAGUUGAUUCAGUGUCUCUUCGUGUUGAACCAAACAAACUGCAGUUCUUUCAAUAUGACAACGUAACUUUCCAUUGUGAGGGAACACAUGGUUGGUAUGGAUGGAAAGUGGCACAUAAGGUCAAAAAGGAUUUCCAAUGUCAACCUACAACUGAGUCGUACUGCGUCAUUAAAGAUAUUUAUCCAGAGGAGGGUGGAGAGUACUGGUGUGAGGAUGGAAACGGGAAGAGAAGCGACAGCAUCAACAUCACUGUCACUGCUGGUUCUGUGAUCCUGGAGAGUCCUGCUCUUCCUGUGACGGAGGGAGACGUCGUGACUCUGCGAUGCAGAAACAAGAACACUUCCUCCAACCUCCUAAGUGGUUUCUAUAAAGAUGGCGUCCUCAUCAGGAACAGCUCUACAGGAGUGAUCACCAUCUGCAGAGUUUCAAAAUUUGAUGAAGGACUCUACAAGUGCAAAACCUCUGGAGAAUCAGCAGAGAGCCGACUGACUGUCAGAGAAACAUUAUCCCCGUCGUGCUGAUGGCUCCUCUGCUGCUGCUGCUGGGACUGCUUCACUGUGGGAACCUCAGAGGGUCUUGCAGCAGAUGUGUCAUGUGACACAUGAAGAUUCUCACAGUCCACAGAGACAGUCUGCAAACCACAGCUCUUUUUAUUUCUACAUGUAUCAUUUCUCCUUGAUCAGAACUCUGACAAAGCGUUGUCAGACUGACCACAGCAUCUCUACGCCUCUAUGAACAGACUCUGUGGGUUUGAAAUGUGCCGCAUCAGGUCUCACUUUCUGCUUGUAUUUUCUACCUACAAUGCAAAGUAUAACUGUGUUAUGACCAUAUUGUGUUGCAGCCUCAUGUACAGAUAUAUAACUAUGUGAACCUGCAUCAAACUGUUUUGAUUAAAACGUGUAAUAAAAUGU